CAUUGGUGAGUCUCUCCCGGGGGCUGACACCUAACCUGACAUACAUAGCCUUAUUGUAUCACCAUACUGGAAGACAUUCCUUGUCUGCAACCAGACUUUGUCAGCUGACCUCACGUAUUUUAAUGGCAUCAUCAAAGGAAAAUAGUGGUGAUGGUGAAUCACUCUGUCAAGGAGUGAGUAUGAAGCGAGCAUCAGCGUCUGAAAGAACAGAAACGCAAGUGAAACGCAUUAAUUUAGAUGCUUCAUCUGAGGUUGAGGGAGGGGAGACUGUUAGAAGAAAACGAAGGAAAUAUGCUUUACUCCUCUCCUACUCUGGCAAAGGCUACUUGGGGAUGCAGAGGAACCCAGGCUACCGCACCAUAGAAGAUGACUUAUUGACAGCCAUGCUACGUGCUGACCUUAUAACUGAUGAGGGGUGUACCUGCCCACAGAUGUUUCACUUCCAGCGAGCAGCUCGUACAGACAAGGGUGUUUCUGCUGCACGGCAGGUUGUGUCACUCAAACUUCCUGAGGAUGUACCAGACAUAGCCGGAGCCAUCAAUGGACAUCUCUGUAGCCAGAUUCGUGUCAUGGCCAUUCGCCGUACCACCAAAAGUUUUAACUGCAAAUCAUGGUGUGAUUCACGCACUUAUUCUUAUCUGUGUCCCACGUUUGCGUUUGCUCCUGUGACAGAGAUGAGACAUGAGGGCUACCGCAUUACUUCAGAGGUCUUGGAACAACUUAAAACGACUUUGAGUUUAUAUAAAGGCACACAUAAUUUCCACAAUUUUACGGCCCGGAAGAAAGCCCAGGAUGCCAGUGCCAAUCGGUAUAUUAUGGACAUUGAUUGUGGACAGCCAUUUGAACGUGAAGGCUUAGAAUGGAUCACCAUCAAGAUUAAAGGACAAAGUUUCAUGAUGCACCAAAUUCGCAAAAUGAUUGGUUUGACAAUGGCCGUCACUCAGGGACUGGCCAACGCCGACAUCAUCACCAGAGCGUGGGGGAAGGACCGCGUGGAUGUGCCCAUUGCACCGGGAAUUGGCUUAGUCCUGGAGGAGCCACAUUAUGACAAGUAUAAUAAGAGAUAUGGAUCCGACGGCAUCCAUGAGCCACUGAAUUGGGAUGAAGCAGCACAGAAGAUUCAGGAGUUCCGUGAAUUAUACAUCGAUUCCUCGAUAGUUAAAACAGAGAUCAAGGAGAAGCCAAUGCUGAAAUGGUUGGCAACACUACCUCUUCACAAUUUCAACAUAUCUGAGGCCUCGAAUGGGAAUGAUGAUCAGCUAGAGAGCUCAAAUGGAAGAACCCCGUUAGGGCGUGCAGCAUCAAGAUUGGAAAAUUACCGAGGAGCUGGACACCAGGACAAGGGAAGUGAUGAUGAAGCUGAGGAUGAAGAUGAAGGAGACCUGGAGCAGUAUCGAGUGGUCCCUGUGAUGAAGGUGGCAGAAGCAGCACCACAUGGAACAGAACAAUGCAUAAAUGGAACUAACACUCAUAUUGUGAAUGGUGUCGAGAGAGACGAUGCAAGCAUAAUUAAGACUGGGAAGAUUAUUAGUAAUGGAGAUGAGGAACAGAGCCCUGAUACUAAAGAUCAUUAUACAGAAAAUAUUGGGUAAUACAACGAUAUUUCAGAUUUUAGGUAAUGUUUAUGUACAAGAAAUUUUAUUAAAAGGGUACUAUCACUUGGUGCAGGCUAAGGAGAUGAGUAGUACAUCAUUUACUCAAGUAACCCAAAGAAAUACUGCCUUGGAAGAAGCAGAAGCAUUCUCAGAAGGAAGGUAUUCUUUUGUCACUAAUUUCUCCUGGGUUCAUGGUGGGGAAUUAGAGGCAUAGUUGACAAAAAGCUGUAGUACUAGCCUUCUUAGACUGCAUGUAAAUGGAAAUAUGAAUGAUUUAAAAUGAAAGUUUAUACAUUUUCAAAGACAUUACAAUUAUGCGUUAAUAUGUGGUUAGAAAAUAAAAUAUAAACUGUCAUAUACAAUAAUACUGAUUUACUGUAAUAAAUAUACAUUUACUUUAAAAUUAAGGCAGUUUAUAUAAAUAAAUUCCUACUGUUAUGAUUGAUUCAGAAGGUAUGUUUAUAUGUGCUUAAAUAUAUAAAAAAAAAUUAAUGAAAAGCAAAGCAUUUUCUUUAUUCACUGAAACAAACUUAUACAGUACUGUUGGUGAUGACAAGAGAAACAAUGAAAGUACAAGUACAGUACAGUAUUCAUAGUACACAAGUUACCGGUAUUUAGGUUGUUUUAGAUAAUGAGAUUCAUUUUUUGCAUUAGCUGUUACUGUUGGACCUGUUGGUGAAGCAGAUUAAUAACAAUGAAAUUUUGUAGCUCUGCUGAAACUGGUGAGCGAAAGCUACAUUCUACAGUACUUCCAUUAAGGAUGAGUGACCUAGUACAGUAUUUUAGAGAUAAAUCAAAAGAGCAUUAUAUACGUAGUUGAACAAACAUCACAAAGUGGUGCAAUAUACCUCACCACAUUUUUAUCAAUGUAUGGUGAAGUUUCCUUGAAAGGUUCGUUAGCUAAAGCCAUUUCUUCAUGAUAUAUUGAUUAUGAGCAGAAAGGAACAAGCAGAUAGUGCUCAUGCAUGACAAAUGAGAAUACCCCUCUGUCCAAGGUUGAGCCAAGGGGUAAAAAUUAUUGAAAACUCUGGAUACUAUCACUGCAAACUAUGUCCAAGUAAUUUCUUCAGCUCUUCAAAAACUUAAAGAAGAUUUUGCCACAACCUGUACUAUCAAUCAUCUUACACAACUUAUCUUGUGAUGUUCCAACAAUUGAUUGCCUCUUCGUUAAAUUUUUUCAAAGUUUGUACACAUUUUCAACCCAUGUGUUGUCAGAAAAAAUUUGCUCCACCUAAUUUGUCUGAGCCUUUGGCUACUAGCCAGUCUUGCUGCUUGUGUGAUAAUACUGUAUAAGAAAUUAUUUGUGAUUCCUCUGUUGAACUAUAAACUGAAUGUUGUGCAAUGUUAAUUAAUCCUUGGGACUGACAGUGUCAUGGUUUUGCCUAUCGUAGUGGUGUAAAAGUGGAUU